AUGGUGGAACACACUGGGACUGUUUCCUUCUCCUAUGGAGAUGAAGUCUUCUACACCUGGUACAAGAUCGUAGGAGACCUGAAGAGCGGUGUGCGCUCACUGAUGACCUUACACAGUGGGCCCGGUAUUUCCCACCACUACAUGCUCGCCCAUGUCGAGCUCAUGGAGAGAACCAACGCAUCUGUUGUGUUCUAUGAUCAGAUCGGCAUUGGGCAGUCAAAACACCUUCCAAAGAAACCCAACGACUUUUGGACAGUGGAAUUCUUUAUGGACGAGCUCGAGAACCUACUCGCUCACCUGGGCAUCGAAGAUGAUUUUGACCUUCUUGGUCAUUCAUGGGGCGGGAUGUUGGGAAGCCAGUUUGCAGCAAUGAGAGCACCAAAGGGACUGAAGCAUCUGUUGAUAGCAAACUGCAGUGCCUCGAUGGAGUUGUCGAGAAAGGCGGGAGAAAAGCUGAUUGACACUUUACCAGAGGACGUGAGGGAGGCGAUCCGAAGGCAUCAGAGAGAUGGUACAACAGACAGUGAUGAGUAUAAGGAGGCGAUGAAGGUGUACAAUAAACGACACAUCUGCAUGCUUGAUCCGUGGCCUGAAGACUUGCUCAAAUCAUUUUCGGCCAAGGAUGAUGAUCCAACUGUAUAUACGGCCAUGAUCAGUGCAUCUGAUACUGACAUGAUGGGGACCUUGCGAAACUGGACCAUUGCGAGUGAAGCGCACAACAUCGUCUGUCCCACAUUGCUUGUCAAUGCAGAGAACGAUUUAGCACAGGACUUGGGAGUGAUGCCGUUCUUCAAAGAGAUUCCUCACGUGAAAUGGAUGCACCUCUCACAGAGCACCCAUGUGCCAUUUUACGAGGAGAGCGAUAGAUACUUUAACAUCUUGGACACUUUCUUGAAAGUGAUCUGA